AUAUGAACGCAUAUUUACCUUGUCUAUCUACAUACGCAUGUCAAUAUCCAGGACAGUGAACUUAAUGUCGUCUAUAAAUGUUAAACAGUUUUUUUUUUCUCCAAAUAUGUCUCAUGAUUGUGUAACAGUGUGUCAUGUAUCAAAAUAAACUGUUUCACUGUGAUAUAAAAAGAGAGACAAAUUAAAGUGAUCAGCUUAAAGCUUUUUUUCUGUGCAUUGACUAACGACAGUAUAAAAAAACUGAGAUAGUGCAUGCGCGCCAGUGUUUACUAAAACAUAAUCAGUAAAAAUCAGUCAAGUACACGAACCUGGACAAUGGAUGUGCAGUGUUUACUGGAUAUCAAGGGAUGGAUUUUGUUAGCAAUAGCAUUGCUGUUGACAAUGUAUAUGUACAUCAAAUGGAAGUUUGGCAUUUGGCAUCGCUUGAGGAUACCAGGCCCAGACUUUAUGCCUUAUAUUGGACAGAUGAAGCAAUUUAGGGAAAAGGGAUUGGCUCAAUUGGAUGUAGAGCUGGUACAAAAAUAUGGAAGACUAGUUGGAUUAUUCUUCGGAAGCACACCCUCUCUUAUGAUUUCUGACCCAGAACUCAUAAAAAACAUCAUGGUCAAGGAUUUUUCGAAAGCUCCAAACAGAUUUGCACUGAUCACACGGCGUGACGAGUUGAAAUACUCGUUAACAGAUGUUGUCGAUGAUCACUGGAGGUUCAUACGAAACACUAUUCUUCCGACCUUUUCUAGUGGGAAAAUGAGAAAGAUGUCAUCCCUUUUACAAGUAAAAUAUAAGAUGUUGUUAGACGCUUUGAACAAAAGAGCUGCAGAGGGCGAAGUUAUUGAAUUCAAAGAGGUAUACGGGAAUUAUACAAUGGACGUCAUAGCCUCCUUAGGGUUUGGAAUGGAAAUAGAUUCCCAGACCAAUCCUGACAACACUUUUGUCAAAUACGCCAAAGAGUUGUUUACCGUGAAAUUCACUCCCCUCCUUAUUCUUGCUGCAAUGAGCUCGAAGAUUGACGCUGUUUUGAAUUAUUUCAAGAUAUCGCCCCUAAAUAAUCGUAAAGUGAUGGAAUUUUAUAAAUCGGCGGUACAUCAGGCUGUGGGGAUGCGCGAUGAUACAGACAAGGAUAGAAAAGACAUGCUUCAGCUUAUGCUCAACGCUCACAAAGACACAGACAGGAACGAAAUAGAAGAAACCCACACCUACGAGAACCCGGAACAAUGGAAAAAAAGAGGUUUGACUGUAGAAGAGAUUACAGGAAAUUCCAUUCUGUUUCUCCUGGCCGGAUUUGACACAACAGCCAGCACCAUGACCUUUAUGACGUACAAUCUUGCUACAAACCCGGAAUGCCAGGACCGACUCAUUGAGGAAAUCGACUCUGUAUUAGGAACAGAACUGCCUACAUACGACAAUAUACAGAAGUUAGAGUACUUAGAUAUGGUCUUUUGUGAGACUUUACGUUUGUACCCUCCGGCAACAAGAAUUAACAGGUCAAAUUUGGAUGAAAUGGACAUUAAUGGGAUAAAAAUUCCGAAGGAAACCGAACUGACGUUUCCCGUUUUUGCGAUCCAUAGAGAUCCCGAGUUUUGGGAAGAACCAGAGAAAUUCAGAUUCACACCUGAAAACAAAGCCAAGCGCAGUCCGUACGUGUACCUACCUUUUGGCCACGGUCCCAGGAACUGUAUUGGCCAGCGUCUAGCCGCCAUGGAGGCCAAGUGUGCCCUCGUCUAUAUUCUACAACACUACCGCUUUGUCACAUGCAGCGAAACAGAGAUACCAUUAGAAUUGAGCAAAGAUGCCCUGAUGAAACCAGCCAAUGGGGUGAAGUUAAAGCUGGAAAAAAAGAUAACUGACUAGGAUGAAAUUGUUACGAUUAAGACAGUAUAUGACUAUACACAUUCCUUCUUGAACAAAUGUUUAUAGAUAAUAUAAUGAAAUGACAAAAAUGCAAUAUUAAUACAGUAUAUGACUAUAUAUUUUUUUUUUUUGGUUUGUUGUAGAAAUAAAGAUAACUUAAAAGAU